AUGGCGAGAUUCCUCUACCACUCUAUAAAUGGGGGCUCGAUAAGAACUUCCAUUUGCCAGAAAACUCUUCUUUCUCAAUCCUUACACUCAAAGAGAUUUCUAAAACAAACAAUGGCUGUAGAAUUCAGACUACACCAACUUUUCUCUGAAAUAGAGAAAGAAGAAAAAUUUAUACAGGAGCGCAAGGAACUCCUUAUAAGGUUCUGGAAAAAACUUCCAACAGACACUCCACUCAGGGAAGCAGAGCUCAGGCUCAAAGCCCUACGGGAAGAGCAGAACUCUCUUGUGAUCGAAAUUACAUUAAAACACCAAGGUAACGGAAGUUAA